AAUCAGCUGUUUGUACGUUCUAUAUUCUGAUCUGCGGAUCAGCUGGGCGAAGCAAUAACAUCACAAACAAUAUCUGCUUUUUCAUAUUUUGUACUACCUCAUAUAAAAAGAAUACCUAAAGCUAUGCUUUAAGAUUUUUGCGUUUUUUAUUGUGUGGUCGUCGCGUUUACAACUUGAAUAAUUUUGCAGGUAAGACAGAUCUUUGCACCAAGUGAGACCUUAUAUUACACAGCGCCUUCUCUGAGACUCAAAAAAGGCCAAUGCACCUGUGAUCAACCUGCCAUCUGUUACAUCACAGAAAAACAACAACAUUCGUGACUAUAGUUAAUAAAAUAGCUAUUUAAAAAACGUAUAAGGCAGCUAUCCCUCAGGAAACAAACAAACAAAAAAAAAAAACCUGUGACCUUUGACCUCCGAGACAGCCAUGCUCCAGCGGUUCACCAGUUUGUUCUUUGGAAGCGAGGAAGAAGUUACUCCAGAGCUGAAGGGACCGAAGCCCUGUGUGUCUGAGGCUGAUGAAGAGGGAUGGCUCCUGGUCAAUCUGCACGGUGAGGAUGGGCCAGAGGCAGCCUUAGUAGCACGUGCCCGUCCCCGCAGUGAAUGUCAUGCAUCUGCGAUAUGCAGCCCCUCUCCUCCCACCUGCAAAAACCGCAGGACUAGAGCAGGCAGGAUACAGGCAGCACAUCCUUCCUCCCCGUCCAUCAGCUCUCCUCCUGAUCCCGCCUCCUUCUCUCACCUUGAUUCAGUAGAAGUGAAUGUGUUGUUAAGCGAGAGGGGCUCAAGGUCCUGUAGUGACUGCAGCAUGGAUGAGAGCUGGUUUGUCACCCCUCCACCCUGUUUUACUGCAGAGGGAGCCACGGCAGAGGCUAGCCCCAUGGAGGACCUCCUCAUCGAGCACCCCAGCAUGUCCGUGUACGUCUCAGCUGGCCCUCUCCCUGCGGUGGAAGAGAGCACCACCAGCCUGGCUGGCAGUGUCAGCAGGAUGUCUGAAUCAGCAGUGCCUGCUGUGACCAGGAGCAGCAUGCCCACACGGGUGACCCGAGGAGCAGCCGCACAAGCAGGUGCCCUAGCUAAAGUCACCCAGGUCUCCAGGGUCCAGAGGGCCAAAGCCCGCACUGAGCGUCGCCACCUGGCACGCAACCGCAUGCAGCGACAAAACCGUGUGCGUGAACAGGUCCAACGGCGCGCAACCCACACCCGCAACUCCUUCCUGCACCAACCGUGCCAGCGCAACAUCUGCCAUUGAGGCAUCAAAGUUUACAUUGAGGGCAUUAUUACACACCCCAAGAAACCCACACCUCCCAAUGAAUCCCAUACCUUCUUAAUUGACCUCUAAAGUCCUCCUUUUGCUUUUACUGUUGUCAAUAAUUUUAUUCAGUUUCAUAUUAAUCAGGUUUGUUUUUGAGCAUAAGCCUAAAUCACUUUCCCAGUCUAGGAGUAUAGCUGAAAAGGAGACACAUGUAAACUCUGUAUCCCUCUAAAUGUAUAACAAUGACACUUCAGGUACAUUGGCACUGUUCGUUGAAAUAUAAUCAGGUUAAAUUGUCAAAAGAAAUAGCCAAGCACUGAAUGCUUCAUAGAAACAUGACCCUAAGAUUUCCAGAAGAGAUUCGUACUCUGUAAUGUCACAUUGAAAAAAUCUAGCACAGCAAUGAAAGGGUCACUUAAAAAUGUGUAUGUAGAUAAAGGUGUGAGCAAGAAUAGAAACAGAUACAAGCAAUUGAGAGUUUGUGGGAUAUUUUUGUAAAGAGGUCAUUUCAAAGUAGAUGUUGCUGCCUGAUUUUCAGCAUAGUGGUGCUAACUUUAAAAAGUAAUUCAACCCCCAAACAAUUUCAUUUAAUUGUCUGCUAUUAUAUGACCUCUGAUCCUUAACCUAGUGUGAUCCCUAUCUAGACAGCAUUUAGGAAACACCUUUUAUAGGUGUGCUUCCACAAAGGCAGUCUCCUUCCAGUUUCAGUGAAGUAAUCAAUUCAAGAUGGUGGAGAAAGCGGGCACUGUCAAUUCUGUACAUGCUCUGAAUGGGAAAAAAUAGCCCAGUGUAUUUAAAAAUAGAUAUUGUCACCCAAUAUUUAUGUGUGACAUGAAUUUGUGCUUAUUAGAGUGUUGCCUUGCGUUACCUUAGCAACAUGCUAACAUCAAACGCUAUUGGGAUCAACUCUAAGCAUCAAAACUCUUGUGCACUUUGUAACUCAUUCAGUACCAACAAGUAUAGAAGACAACAGUCUAUUGAAGUCUAUUUUAAUUCAUUUCUCUUGAGGCAGCUUCUUAAGGAAUCUAGCUCACUAGAUUUUGAAACAGAGCCUUCAGGUAAACUGAGGAGUCCAUCAUGAAUAUCACUCAUACUAUGCCAACAACACAUUACUAAUUAUCUUUACAGGUCACAUGAUCAACAUAUAGAAUGAGGAGAGGUUGCCAUAGGCCAGUGGUUCCCAAUCCUGGUCCUGGAGAACCCCCAACACUGAACGUUUUUGGUGUCUCUCUUAUCUGACACAUAUUAGAGGUCUUGGAGUCUUCACUAAUGAGCUGAUGAGUUGAAUCAGGUGUGUCUGAAUAGGGAGACAUCUAAAAUGUGCAGUGUUGGGGGUUCUCCAGGACCAGGAUUGGGAACCACUGCCAUAUGCUAUGGAUAUAAUUGCUUAUAAUGUGCAGGAUAGUAUAGACUGUGACUCUUUAUUUGCUUCAUGGAGGAUUACUGAUGGGUGAAUCUCACAAAACAUGUCAAGAUGGCUGCAUAUUGUACAACAGUAUAAUUACUUUUGAUUUUGGGAUGCAAUUUGUCUUGAUGUUUUUUGAGAUUGACCUGAUGCUCCACAAAAAAAAAAAACCGUCCCUUCAUGUGCUUGUCCACUGUAAAGUUUUCAGUGUAACUCGAAAGUCCCCCUGUCCCGCACUUAAUGAUUUGUGAGAAAUCACUGUGACCACAGAGACAAAAAAUGAAAAAACGUUUCCCAUGACCAUUUCUCUGUUUCUCAAAACAUCAGUUUUUCAGACAAUGUUAUUAUUUGCAUGUCAUCAUACCACUUAAAUGUUGAUUAUACAAUUGUGCUUUACAUCUUCAUUGUAUUCUGAUGUCUGUCUGUCAGAGGAUGCUGUGUCAUCGUCUUUAUUGUGACAGACCCAGCACACAUGCACUCACACAAACGCAUACGGUGAAUGCAAAAAUGUGCUCUUUCUUGAUAGUCAGCGAAUACUCUUGGCACAUUUACAGAAAUGUGUCCACCAUAUAUCUUAUGUGUAUUCAGUAAUGAACAGACUUACAAUGGUGCUGAAAGUAUAUAAUUAUAUGACUGUUUGUACAUUUUUUGGACAAGUUUGCACUGUCUUACGUUUUAUGGAGACUCAUGGUAUUUAGCAGUGAAUGAGAUGCCAACAUGCAUGAGUUUGGGAAAAAAGCUACCUUAAGAGGUAAACAAUUAGUUACAUUCACAUGUAUAUAAUUGCAAACUAUUUACAGUGUUUGCGUUAUUUUCAUUUUGAAACAUCACCUUCCUGUUUUCAUGGUAUCGUUUAACCAUAUGUUGUUCCAAAAACUUGAGUACACGUUCUUCUACUGAGUAUUUUAUGAUAGGAACCAACGUCUGCCAUGCUGUCAGUACCACCAUUGAGCUUUUUCGCAUGAGGGGAUUUGAUUUUACAUGCAAUUUUCUUUUAGUUCUUCUCUCAGUUUAAUGUUGAAUCGUUUUAAGAGUUCUUCUUGUUGACUUUCCUAUAUCACCUGCCAAAAUCUAUUAUUGUAGUAGGCUAUCUAAAGCUAUCUAUUAACAACAUAAUGUAAGUAUAAUGUAAAUCUAAAUAUGCUUUUAUUUCUUUGUUUUCAUUUGAAACUGACUGUUUCUACAUUAUAUUGACUCCACAGAGAGCGCAGUAUGAAUGUCAGUGGUGUAUCUAGGAGAAUCCAAUGCCCUGUAGCCUUACAAGGGUCCUUAACAUCGUCCACUUGAAGGUUGUUUCUACAUGUUAGAUGAAGUGGACAAGGCAUGAGCAUAAAAUCAGUGAUCUCUGCACAGCUAAAUUUCCUCUGAACAGAUCCACCGCUGCUGUUCAGGGUAACACCUGGCUACCGUAUACUCUGUGUUAUUUGUGUGUGUGUGUGUGUGUGUGUGUGUGUGUGUGUUCAAUAUGAUUCAUUUUAUUUGUGGGACUAGAAUGACGUCCAUAAGGCCUCAUGAGAGGCUGGUGGAAGCGAUAGUUAUUUGUGAUUUAAGGCAGGGUUGACUGAAAACAUGAAAUGAGAAAAGACAACAAAAAUAAAUAUGCUUGUAUUUUUUCCUCAUAUUGCUAUUAGAAGAGAUGUUCACCUUAGUAACAAACUAGAGUAUUAAAAUGAUUGGUGGAUAAGAUAUCUAUGGUGAUUGUGCCUUUCACUGUUCUGCAUGGUUUUCAUGAUGUGCCGAUUGUUUCAUCCAUAUAACAUGGGCAUCAGAGACCUAUGCAAAAUACUAUGAUGGGUUUCCAGCAUCCUUGCAGAAAUGCAGGUACCAGACAAUAACAAUAAACACUCAGGAUGCAGCUGCAGUA